UGUCUCACGGAGCUAAGGGUGUUGAGUGGAGCGGAAAGCGGGAUGUGUCUCCUAUUGGGGGCCACGGGGGUGGGGAAGACGAUGUUGGUGAAACGCCUGCAGAAGCUGAGCUCCCGGGAUGGGAAGGACGACCUGGGCGAUCCGCCCCUGACGCGGCCCACGGUGGGUACCAACUUAACGGACAUUGUGGCUCAAAAAAAGAUCACCAUCCGGGAGCUGGGGGGCUGCAUGGGCCCCAUCUGGUCCAGUUACUAUGGAAACUGUCAUUCUCUCCUGUUCAUGGUGGAUGCCUCUAACCCCACCCAGCUCUCGGCAUCGUGUGUGCAGCUCCUGGGUCUCCUAUCGGCAGAAGAACUUGCAGAAGCAUCAGUUCUGAUUCUCUUCAAUAAAAUUGACCUGCCCUGUUACAUGACCAUAGAAGAGAUGAAGUCAUUAAUCAGGCUCCCGGACCUCAUUGCUUGUGCCAAGCAGAGCAUCACCACCGUAGAAAUUAGUGCCCGGAAAGGCACUGGUUUGUCAGAUGUGCUGCGCUGGCUCCAGGACACCCACAGAACCAAUGGUUGACUGCAGGAUGGAGAAGCAUGGCCGGCCUGCUCUGCAGCAAGAAGGCAGAGGUGGCACUGCUUGGCCAUUGGCCGUCUGUUGCUUUUUAUAAAAGCAGGCUAAGCCCUGGAAGACGGGGUUCUGUGCUGGGUUGCAGUGAUGGAUAAACAAGUCACCCAGGUUACAAAAACUUCUGAUAUCUGCUCUCUGGCUCCAGGGUUGGGAGAGGAGGAGAGGCCUGCCAGGUGGCUUGUGUCCUGUACCAUUCUGGGAUGGCUUUAGGGGAAUUGUUCCCCUCUCCCCAGGAGAUCUGCUCUCCCAACUGUAAUACAAGCUCUAACCUGUAAAUUUUCUGGUACCCUAAUGGUGGGAUACCUCACAGACAAUGCCAGCUACAUGAGUCAGUGUGGUAGGAAAAACCAGGCUUUGGGUUAGAAACAGUAAACAUUUACUACCCAGAGGUGCCUCAGUGGUCAGGGGCCCCACAGGUAGGCCAGGGUAGAGAGGGGCUCUGAUGGGGUAUGGGAGGUGCUGGUGAGCUCUUGGCCAGACCCUCAGGCCACAGUUCCCCCAUGGCCUGCUGUGUUCUCUCAGCUAAGAGAGCUUGUAGAAACACCUACAUCUAUUGCUUGGUGCAUCUGUAUCCUAGGGCCCCUGUAAUGAAUCACUAUAAACGAUGGCUUGCAGCAACAUAAACCUAACAGUCAUAGGACUGGAAGCCAGAAGUCUGAAAUUGAGGUAUCAGCAGGGGUGAGCAUUUUGGAGACUCCAAGGGAGAAUCCAUUCCUUGCUGUGGUUGCUGUGUGGUGUCCUUGGCUUGUGGCUUGCAGGACUUGAAUCCCUGACCCUGUCUUUUUUUGUCUUUUAUUAUUUAUUUUUUUGGUUGCGCUGGGUCUUUGUUGCUGCGUGAGGGCUUUCUCU